GUCGUCCUUCUUUAACUUCAGGAUGCGGGGAUGAGUUUUUUUUUGCGGAUGCGGAUGCGGGACAGAACGGAGCCGGAGUCCCCGCAUCCAGACUGGAACCAGUCCGGGCUGCUGCUGGGAGCUUUAUGUGGAUUAAAUAGAUAUUCCUCCUCUUUUUUCCCCCCUCCUCUUCCUCAUCCCUCUCCUCUCUCUCUCUCUCUCUCUCUCCCCCUCCCUCCCCUCCUUGCGUGCUAAUUUUUUAUGCAUUUUUCUAAACUGUCAUGGCGAUUUUGUGUCCUUGGAAAUAAGAAAAAAAGGAAAAAGAAGCACCAGGCGUAUUUUUUCUCCACCCCCCAUCUCUCUCUCUCUUUUUUUGUUGUUGUUUUUUUGUCGGGGCUCGCCGGGGGUGAGACUGCGGCCGGGAGUCCGGGAGCAGAUGCUGUGAACGGAUAGAAGAUGAAAAUCCUCAAGAAGGACAAGCAGCAGAUGUUCACUGGCCUCCUGAAGCACACACCCCCUGCUGCAGCCUCCUCCGCCGCUGCCUCGGAGCAAGGCAGCAACGCACAAACCGCAGGUCCCACAAUCCCUCGGGGACACCUGGUCGUCGGCUCCAAGGACCAGCUUCGAAUCCUCACGCCUGUGGGCAGCACAUCCACGGCCAAUCACUGUGCCACGGUCGGCGUUCACACCGCCAGGCACUCCGCCGGCGCUCCGCGAUCCCACACCUCCCUGAGCGAGGAGGAUGAAGGAGGAGGAGGAGGAGGCAGAGUGAAGAAGAAACGGAAGAAAAAGGACAAGAGGCAGUGGGAGAAAGUAGACGCGGAGGAGGAGGCGGAGGAAAAGGAGAGCAGCAAACCAAAGAAACAAAAGGAGGAGAAGAAGGAGACGACCGUGCUCACGCUGAGGAGGAGCAAAGAGCCCAAGGAAGGCAAAGAGAAGAAGGAACGGCGUUCGAAGGGAAAGGGCGGCAGGAAGGACGCUGGGACGGAUACGAGGAAUGCGGCCGGCGGGAAAACAGCGGAGCCUGCAGCGGCCCCCGGACCGCCUCAGGUCCCCGUCAAAGUACCCGGGAAGAGAGGACGGAAACCCAAGGUCAAAGUCCUCCCCCCGGUGCCGACCAAUCAAGCAGGAACUCAAGUAAACAACACCCAGGCUGACCAAAUCCAUGGAAAGAGUCAUGGCCCGGCCAACAGCAAGACUGCCGUCCCCACGGCGCCAAAACAGAGGGGCCGCAAACCCAAAGAUCCUGGUGCAGCGCCGGUGGAGAAGAAGAAGAAAGGGAAGAGGAGAAACCAGGAGCAGGCGGUCCACGAAGGGGCGGAGAGCGAUGACACCACCUCAAUGUCCACUCUCAACAUGGGAGGGGACGACAGCCAGGACCCCCUGGAUAAUACUAAGCGGCGUUCAGGACGACAAGUCAAAAGAAGGAAGUACAACGAAGACUUGGACUUUAAGGUGGUGGACGACGACGGCGAGACGAUCGCAGUUCUGGGAGCUGGACGCAUCUCGGCGCUCAACGCCACCGCCCUGGCGUGGCAGGCCGAAGAACCUCCCGAGGACGAGGCCAACAUCAUCGAGAAAAUCCUGGCUGUCAGAAAACCGAAGAAAGAGACGUCAUCAGAGGACCAAACGGAGGAUGCCGAAGAGUUUUAUGUCAAAUACAGAAACUUUUCCUACCUGCACUGCAAAUGGGCCACUUUGGAGGAGCUGGAGAAGGAUCCCAGAAUCCACCAGAAGAUCAAGCGUUUCAGGACCAAACAGGCUCAGAUGAAGCACCUGUUCACUGAGCCCGAUGAAGACUUGUUCAACCCGGACUACGUGGAGGCGGACCGCAUCCUGGAAGUGGCCGUCACAACGGACACGGAGACGGGGGAGGAGGUGACCCACUACCUGGUGAAGUGGUGCAGUCUGUCGUACGAGGAGGCCACCUGGGAGCUGCAGGAGGACCUGGACCCGGAGAAGAUCAAGGAGUUCGAGGAGAUCCAGAAGCUGCCGCCAGGCCUCAGACACAUGGAGCGUCCGCCUCCGGAAAAAUGGCAGAAGUUGGAUCGCUCCAGAGAUUACCGUAAUGGGAACCAGCUCAGAGAAUACCAGCUGGAGGGCAUGAACUGGCUGAUGUUCAACUGGUACAACAGGAAAAACUGCAUCCUGGCAGACGAGAUGGGCCUGGGGAAGACCAUCCAGUCCAUCACCUUCCUGUACGAGAUCUUCAACCUGGGCAUCCGCGGGCCGUUCCUCAUCAUCGCGCCGCUGUCCACCAUCACCAACUGGGAGCGGGAGUUCCGCACGUGGACGCACAUGAACGUCAUCGUGUACCACGGCUCGCAGAUCAGCCGCCAGAUGAUCCUGCAGUACGAGAUGUUCUACAGGGACGCGCAGGGUAACACGGUCUCAGGCGGGCUGAAGUUUCACGGCUUGAUCACCACCUUUGAGAUGAUCAUGGCCGACUGCCCCGAGCUGAAGAAGCUGCAGUGGCGCUGCGUGGUGAUCGACGAGGCCCACCGACUGAAGAACAGGAACUGCAAGCUGCUGGAGGGACUCAAGCUCAUGAACCUGGAACACAAGGUUCUCCUGACCGGCACCCCUCUGCAGAACUCUGUGGAGGAGCUCUUCAGCCUGCUGAACUUCCUGGAGCCGCAGCAGUUUCCCUCGGAGACGUCCUUCCUGGAGGAGUUCGGAGACCUGAAGACCGACGAGCAGGUGAAGAAGCUUCAGUCCAUUUUAAAACCCAUGAUGCUGAGGAGGCUGAAGGACGACGUGGAGAAAAAUCUGGCGCCCAAAGAGGAAACCAUCAUCGAGGUGGAGCUGACAAACAUUCAGAAGAAAUACUAUCGGGCCAUCUUGGAGAAGAACUUCUCCUUCCUCUCUAAAGGAGCAAACCAACACAACAUGCCGAACCUCAUCAACACCAUGAUGGAGCUCCGCAAGUGCUGCAACCACCCCUACCUGAUCACAGGAGCCGAGGAAAAGAUUCUGGAAAGCUUCCGGAAAAGCUACAGUCCAGACUUGCCGGACUUCCAGCUGCAGGCCAUGAUCCAGGCGGCCGGGAAGCUGGUUCUGAUCGACAAGCUGCUGCCCAAGCUGCUGUCGGGGGGCCACAAGGUGCUGAUCUUCUCCCAGAUGGUCCGCUGCCUGGAUAUUCUGGAGGACUACCUCAUCCAGAGACGCUACACGUACGAACGCAUCGACGGCCGAGUGAGAGGGAACCUGCGGCAGGCGGCCAUCGACCGUUUCUGUAAGCCCGACUCGGACCGCUUCGUGUUCCUGCUCUGCACCAGAGCGGGAGGGCUGGGGAUCAAUCUGACGGCCGCCGACACCUGCAUCAUCUUUGACUCGGACUGGAACCCGCAGAACGACCUGCAGGCUCAGGCGCGCUGCCAUCGGAUCGGCCAGAGCAAAGCGGUGAAAGUCUACAGGCUGAUCACCAGGAACUCGUACGAGAGGGAGAUGUUUGAUAAGGCCAGCCUGAAGCUGGGCCUGGACAAAGCCGUCCUCCAGGACAUAAACCGCAAAGGAAGCCUCAACGGGGUGCAGCAGCUCUCCAAGCUGGAAGUGGAGGACUUGUUGAAAAAAGGAGCGUACGGCGCGCUGAUGGACGAAGAGGACGAGGGCUCCAAGUUCUGCGAGGAGGACAUCGACCAGAUCCUUCAGAGGCGAACCCAGACCAUCACCAUCCAGUCCGAAGGGAAAGGCUCCACGUUUGCAAAGGCCAGCUUCGUCUCGUCCGGCAACCGAACGGACAUUUCUUUAGACGACCCCAACUUCUGGCAGAAAUGGGCAAAGAUCGCCGAGGUGGAAAUCGACUCCAGAUCAGAGAAGGAGUCCCUGGUGAUCGACACGCCCCGCGUCAGGAAGCAGACCCGUCACUACAACUCCUUCGAGGACGACGAGCUGAUGGAGUUCUCGGAGCUGGACAGCGACUCGGAGGAGCGGCCGUGCCGGACCCGCCGCCUGGGCGACCGCAGCAGGCGGUACCUACGGGCCGAGUGCUUCCGGGUCGAGAAGAACCUUCUCAUCUUCGGUUGGGGUCGGUGGAAGGACAUCCUGAACCACGGGCGGUUUAAAUGGCACCUGGCGGAGAGAGACAUGGAAGUGAUCUGCAGGGCUCUGCUGGUUUACUGCCUGAAGCACUACAAAGGAGACGACAAGAUCAAGAGCUUCAUCUGGGACCUGAUCUCACCUUCUAAAGACGGACAGGACCAGGCGCUGCUCAACCACUCGGGUUUGUCGGCUCCGGUUCCUCGGGGCAGGAAGGGCAAGAAGCUGAAGAACCAGCUGAACGUUCCUGACGUUAAAAACGCUGACUGGCUGGUCCACUGCAACCCUGAGGUGGUGCUGCAGGACGAGAGCUACAAGAAGCACCUCAAGCAGCACUGCAACAAGGUGCUGCUGAGGGUGAGGAUGUUGUACUACCUGAAGGUGGAGGUUCUGGGCGAGGUCGCUAAUCAAGCUCAGGAGGGGGUGCCGGCCAGUAAGCUGGAGGUGUCGCUGCCUGACAUCGACUACAUUGAGAUCCCGGUGACGUGGUGGGACGCUGAGGCGGACAAGUCUCUCCUCAUAGGCGUCCACAAACACGGUUACGAGCGAUACAACGCCAUGCGGGCCGACCCAGACCUGUGCUUCCUGGAGAGAGUUGGGAUGCCGGACGUCACGGCUCUGUCUGCUGAGCAGGGAGGAUCUGAGGCGGCGGCUGAGCUGACGGAAAGCAGCUGUAAAACGGAGGAGGCGAAGGAGAUGCCGGAAAGCAAAGCCAACGGUGAGGAGGAUCAAGACGAGAACAGACAGGGGGAGGAAACCUGCUCCAGCGUCGACGCGUCAGAAAAGCCAGACAGCACCGCUCUGGGUGAGGCGGCUGACCACCGGCACAAAGAUGUUCCAGAUUCUCAGACGUCAGCUGACCUCUGCAGCCAAGACGGACCCCUGGUCACCACGACGACGGCGGGGACAGGGUCCGGCGUGGCGUCGCUCCACGUGGUCCAGGCCCGGCCCCUGUGGCCCACGGGCCCCGCCCUGACGGCUCGUUUCCGCCGGCUGAUCACGGCCUACCAGAGGUUCACGCUGCGCAGGGAGCCCCUGCUGAGGCACGACUUCCUGAUGCACGACGGCCUCGUGGGGAUGGCGAUGGGAGGCGCGGGAGCCGCCCACGGCCACCACGCCGGCGGGCCGCUGGCCUGGCAGCUGGGCGAGGAGCUGCGGAGGUGUUCGGUGGUCUCCACGGAGGCGGAUCCCCUGUUUCUGGAGUGGCAGAGGAGGUGGACCCGGCGCGAGCAGGCGGACUUCUACCGCACGGUCUCGUCCUUCGGCGUCGUCUACGACCCGGAGAGGAAGGCUUUCGACUGGUCCCAGUUCAGAGCGCUGGCCCGCCUGGAGAGGAAGACGGACGAGAGUCUGGAGCGAUACUUCAACUCGUUCGUCAACAUGUGCAGGACGGCCUGCAAGCUUCCUCCGAAAAACGAAGAAGGGCUGGUGGAUCCCGGCGUCCUCGUGGAGCCUCUGACUGAGGAGCGAGCUGCAAGGACGCUGUAUCGCAUCGAGCUGUUGCGCAAGAUCAGAGAGCAGGUUCUCCGUCACCCGCUCCUCUCGGCCCGCCUCCAGCUCUGCCGGCCCUCCCUCUACCUCCCCGUCUGGUGGGAGAGCGGGAAACACGACCGGGAUCUCCUGGUGGGGGCGGCGCGCCACGGCCUGAGCCGCACCGACUUCUACAUCCUCAACGACCCGCAGCUCAGCUUCCUGGAGGCUCACAGGAACUACGUCAGGCGGCACCCGGCCCAUCUUCAUCACCCCCACCAUGCAGGGUUGGCGUCCCAUCCUGGGCUGUCCUGCUCCUCCUCUUCCUCCUCCUCCGCCCACGGGCAGCUGCCUCACUGCUGCCUGUAUGAGUCGGGCCUGGGCCAUCACUCCCCUCAGCCUCCCGACUAUCCCCACCUGGCCUCCAACCAUCACCACCAUCAGCAUCACCAGCAGCCCCCGCCCACACCCGCCCCCUCUCCCUCCUCAUCCUCCUCCUCCUCCUCUCACCCCCACCUCCACCCUCCGCCGCUGGACGCCCAGGAUUCGGGCUCGCCAAGCCUGGGCAUCGUUCCCGGGUCGCGGGUGGACUUCCUGGACUGCGCGCCGCUGGAUGAGACCCUGGAGCUGGGCGCCCUGCAGCACGACGCCCUGUCUGCCGACGCCUUGCACGGAGGCAAGGCUUCCAAGGACGCCCUGAACGGCUUUCCGUUCAACUCGGCCACGGGGGGCCAGAGCAUGCUGAACUCGUACGGCGUGGGCGGAGCCGACCUGGACUCCAAGCUGAGGAGCGACGUCCUGGUCGGUGAGCAAGGCUCGUCGGAGGAGACGGGGCUGAUGGCGCCGUCCGUGGAGCUGGAUCAGCUACAGGCGCCCUGGGACAGCACCGAUCACACCAGUCCGGCCGAGCACAUGUUCAACGAGUCCGAUCCCAUCCUGGGUCCCUCUGGCCUGGAGCCGGGCUUCCUGGAGGAGGAGGAUGAGGAGGCCCAGGGAGGAGACAGAGGAGGAGAGGAAGGUGGGACUCUGGAGGAGUGUUUAGGCCUCCCUCCUUCAUCCCCUCCGUCUCAUCCCUCCACGGGGGAUUCAGUCGAGCCGCUUUCCUCCAGCUACAUGCUCUUUAAGGACAUCGGAGUGAACGAGGAGGCCAGUCCGGAUCAAACUGACCUGUCAGCAAGUCCACCCCUUCCCUACGUCCCGCCUCCACCCCUGUCGUUGUCUGAAAUCACCAGCCACGGGCCUCGGGACGGACUCGGGCACGCCGGCGUCCAUCCGGGGGACGAGGGGGACGACCAGGAGGGAAGUGCUGGGUUUGAGUUCGAAGACAAAGAGGAAGCUGAGAAAUCGAGGCAACCAGAAGGAAAUGACCGGAACGAAGGUGCAAAAUGUGGCGCUGGUGUCCUGAAUCCUGACGAGCCCCCGGUGGGAGAUGGAGAACCGCCACCGGGACGGGACAAGAGGAAGGAGGUCUUAAAACGCGUAUCCCUGGGCCUCCAGGAGAACUUUGAGCGCUCGAAUGACGAUGAAGAUUUAUCCCAAGAGGUGCAGCCUUACCUGGGAAAGCUGGAAGAGGAGGGCAGCCUGGUGUGUCCCGAGUCCAUCGAGGAUCCUCCCGAAGAGGUCGACGGCUUGAUUCUGUAUCAGACCGAGGAGGAGCGGUCAAUGGAUAGCUCUCUUGACGCCGAAGCGUUUAUUCGUAACGAGGCGGGCGAGUUUUUGGACGUGAAGGAAAACUCGCACACGUCCGGAGGUGGUUUGGCCGCGCACGGCGGGGAGCCUGCAGAUCAGGUUAAUGAGAUCUCUGAAGGCCAGCUGGAUUGUGCGUCGCCGGGCGGCGAUGAAGCGGCGGGGAAGGCGGGGAACCAGGAGGCUAAAGCUGCAGCCAUGGAGCUGGGAGAGUCCGAACUGGCAGAACCCUGCAGUCCCUCCGGUUCUGCCUUAGGAAGCAGCAGAGAGCCUGACGGCGCCCCGUCCAACGCGUCGGUGGAUCAGAACCAGAACGAAGCUUUCCCUCUGGAUCAAGACAACAAAGUCGACCUCCUCGAUCAAGACGAAAUGAAAAGCAAUUUGACGUUAAGCGUGAAUGACAUCGACACAAAGUCGGCGGGUCUCAGAUUCUCCGUCCGAGCAGCCGGCGAGGACAAGAAGCCGCUGCAGCUCGUGGUGCCGGUGAAGGUGGAGGUGACCGGCGGCGAAAUCAAACAUUCGCAUUUUCUCUCCUUCCCCAUAAAGUCCGAAGGCUCGGAGACCAAAGCGGAGCAGCUGGAGUGUCCCCUGAGGGCGCCGCUGCUCGACGUGAAACCCGAAGACCUCAGCGUCGCCGUGAAGUCCGAGAACUUCGCCGUCAAGCCCGAGACCCUCCAGUUCAUCGCGUACCCGGACGGCGGCAAAGUCAAAGCCGAAGUCAAACCGGCCGACCUCCGGUUCGCCGUCUAUCCGGGCGGCGGGGCGUUUAAGACCGAGGUUAAAGCGGAGGGCCUACGGUUGGCCGGCUUUCCGGACGGGUCGGCCGUCAAGCCCGAGCCGAAGCCCGAGGCGCUGGAGUUCACGGCGUAUCCGAACAGCUCCGGGAUCAAACCCGAGGUGAAGCCCGAGGAGUUUACAGUUAAGGCUGAGAUGAAGCGGGAGACGCUGGAGGCGGACAGCACGGUCCUGACGCCGAAGCUGGAGCAGACCGAGGGGACGGUGGACUCCUCCUCGGCGGCUGGUCUGCUGAAAGGCCAGGUGAAGGAGGAGAGGCCCAGCACCCCAGUGCCUGUGGUGGACGGAUAUCCCGGCAGUCCAAGGUUUGCAGCUCCUGCCUCCAUGUGUGAGAUUCCCGACGGGCUCCACGACAGCAGGGAGCCGACCAUCGCUCAGCUGCUGCAGGAAAAAGCUCUUUACUCCUUCUCUGAGUGGCCAAAGGACAGAGUUAUUAUCAACCGCCUGGACAGCAUCUGCCACGCCAUCCUGAAGGGGAAAUGGCCUUCGUCGAGCGAGCAGUACGACUCGCCCGGGUCCCUGGCGGCUAACUCGUGUCUGGCUAACAGCUUAGCGCAGCACCACCAUCACCGAGCCGCUUUCCUCCCCACAACAGCCUCUGGCACCGUCCCAAGCCAGGCUCGGGUGCAGCAGGGCGGUCAUGGACUGGGGUUCCCGGUGCCGCCGCCCCUCACAAGACUACCCAAGUACGUGCCGCGGGGCGGGGCAUGUGGGCGCGGAGCUUGGCGCCUCACCUCCUUGCCUCUCUUGCAGGAGAGGCUCGUGGCUCCUCCCUUCCUCCCCGAGCUCAAACGAGCAGGAGGCCGCAGGUCCUUCGACUACGAAGCCGCCGCCGCCGCGGUAGCCGCUAAGAUUUUAGCUGGGAAGUCCGCGUCGCCGAGCCACACCAGCGCCCCCGCCGCCGCCGCCGCCGCCAGCGAGGAGAAGGUGCCGGUGGUGGCGCCCGCCUCCCACCGCUCGGGCGCCGCCAUGAACGGUUGGCAGGAGGCGGCGAUAGAUCUAACUAAGCCCGCCGGCGAAAUUAGCACCACGAGCGGCGCGGGGACGAGCGAGGCGCCGGGAGGCGGCCCCCACAACGCCGGAGCUGGAGGCGGCCACAAGCUGCCGCCGCUGCCUCCCAUCACGGCGCCGCUGCCCGGCUCCGUGGGGAUCGACAUGUCCGGCAUACUGCAGGCGGGACUCAUCCACCCCGUCACAGGGCAGAUAGUCAAUGGGAGUCUGAGGGGAGAUGACUCCCUGAGGAGGAGAAGAGGGAGGAGGAGAAACGUGGAGGCUCUGUACUCCGAGUUCGCCAAGAGCCGAGGACUGCACCUGCCUGAGACACAGGCUCGCGUCGAGGCCAUCAGCCAGUCCUCUGUGUCCUCCUCCACCUCCUCGCCGUCCCCGUCUCCGUCGGAGCGGCCCGCGGGUCCGCCCACGCCCUCCUCCUCCUCCACCCCGACGCCCGCCCAGACCCCCCCGCAGCCGGAGAUCGUGGCCAUCGACAGAGAGGCGGCCAGCAAAGGCCUGAUCGAGUGGCUGAGGCAGAAUCCCGGCUACAGCAUGGACCUGCCUGCCUUCGCUCACUCUGGAGCGAGUCUCCUCCACGGCUUUGUGGAGCGUCCCAAGCAGAGGAGGCAUCGCUGCAAAGAUCCCACCAAGCUGGACAUCAACACUCUGACGGGGGAGGAGAGGGUCCCUGUUGUUCACCGGGGCACCGGACGCCGGCUCGGCGGCGCCAUGGCUCCGGCGAUAAAGGAGCUUUCCAGGUGGCUCGACGCCAACUCUGAGUACUUUGUUGCCCCCGACUGGGCGGAGGUGGUAAAACACUCUGGCUUCCUUCCCGAGGGAAAGUUCUCUCGCAUCCUGACGGAGCCGGUCAACCGGGAUCCGGGCUCGCGGCGCCGCGGCCGCCGGCCUCGCAGCGAGAUGCCGAAGCCGCUCCUCUCCGUCUCGGACGCCUCCUCCACGGGCCUCGGCGCCCCGCUCUACAUGAACGGCGGCUUGAUCGGCAGCAUGGAGUCCAUAGUGACCCUGCAGAACCUCCGCGGCGCCAUUCCGGGGAUCCCCAUCUCUGGGAUCAUGGCGGCCGGAUUCCCGCACGGAUUCCCCGCGGCCGGAUCGUCGUCGGCGUCGGCGGCGGACGACGCGAAGAACGGUUUGAGCAUGCUGCCCAUGAUGCUGCACGGCAUCCCGCACCCUCACGGCGCCGGCAUCCCGCAGCACGCCCUGUUCAGCGUCGGCACCAUGAUGGCGCACGCCGCGCCGCCCCAUCACCCCGGCUCCUCCUCCAACUCGCCCUCUUCCUCGGCGUCUGCGUCGGCGUCCACCACCAACGUCACCACUACGGCCGCGGCGUCCGAGGCGGCCAGUCCGUCCUCCGCCGCCGCCGCCGCGGACGGCGCCGCUUCCUCCGCGCCGGGCGGCGACAAGGAGAAAGCGGCGCCGGAGGGAGCCAAACGACCGGCGGAGGCUGCAGCCGUCAUCACCUCCACCAGCAGGGUCCACCUGGGGCCCGCCGCCGGCAACCAUCACACCUUUAACCCUUUCCUGAUCCCGGGCAUGUCCCACGGCCUGCUGUACCCGCACAUGUUCCUCCCUCACGGCGGCAUCAUGACGCUGCCGGCCGUGCCUCAGGGCGCCGCCGCCGCCGACGGCUCGCCGGGCAGCCCCAAGCGGAGAAGGAAACGGGCGCGGGAGGACGAGGAGAGGGAGAAAGGGAAGGUAGGGACGGGGGAUGCGGAGGAGAGGGAAAGUACAGUUACAGCCAGCGGUGGCUCCUCCCACCCCGCCGCCGCCGCCUCGCCGUCUGAGGCGGGCGCAGCUCCGGCCGAGGAGAGCCAGGCCGGGCGUGGAGCCGCCGAGGACGGACCUUCGCAACGCCCGGACUCCGAUGGGCGCGGCGAGAAAGCCGCGGUCGAGGAGAAGGAGGAAGGGUCGGAGGAGACGGGAGACGAGGUGGACAAACGGGACAGCGAGGAGCGGGAGGUGGCGUAGAAGAAGAAGGAAGCACCUCCUCCCCGUCUCCUCCGACGCUGCUCUCUCCUCCGCCGAGCAGCCGUGUAAAGUUUGUGCCGAGUCUGUAAGUCAACGUCCAUGUAAAGACUUUUGUUAUGAUGAUGAUGAUUAUAUUCACAUUGGUCAUGUUUAUAUACCAGGAACCCCGCCCACUCCCUCUCCACUCCACCGUAAACGAAAAGAAAACACCAGUAGAGUAAAAUAAUCUCUGUAUUCCUCCUCCAUCUUUCCGCGUCGAGACUGAUUCAGGAGCAAGAACGGCCGACGGAGCGACCCGAAGACGGGGGAGCGCCCCCCGGUGGUCCGAGAUGGUUGCUGCACACUCCUCUGGUUCCUGUAAAACUUGUGCAAUACUGAAUUCCUCAGAAAUCUGAAACACUCCCAGAUUCGGUCGCCGCUGAAGCAAAAGGGAGAGUUAAUUCCUGCAUCUUAAAUUUUUAAAAUGAAAAUCAGUUUUACUGCAUUUAAUACUAACUUCUCUCAGUUUUUAUAGCUACCGGGUAAUAACACUAAAAGUCUGCACCUUAGAUUCGAUCUUGUUGUUUUGGUCGUAUAUUAACAUGGCCGUUGAGCACAGUGCAGGUUCUGAGAAAAAAGGAACUCCUGCUUUUUAAAUUGUUUUCUUUCUCCAAAAGCAAAGAACAAUCAUGGGAUUUGUUUUGGAUCAUGCCGUUCUUAAACUCCCCUUUUUUUAAAAGUGCUCCAGUCCAGUUAGGAGUCCGGUCUGGCCACCAGGGGGCAGCAGGGGAGCAGUUUUAACCUGCAGACAGUGAGCAGCAGAGAGGGGUUUGAGUGUUUUUCUCCUGAAAUCAUUGGGAAAAGUGCAAAGUAACUUAAAUCGUGAUCUGAAGCUCCAAGUUGAGGUUUUGUCCUGAUUUUAGAAAAAGGAAAAAAGAAGAGGAAACUGAAAAAAAGAAAAAAAAAAAAGAUGACUGAAGCCUCGCUGUUUCCUCAGAUAGCAGGUCACACGUGUAAUAUUUCAUCUGUAAAUCUAUCGCUGUACAUUGCUGUCUUUUUUUAAGUGCGCCAUGUAUUUCUUUCCUCUUGAUUCCACCGAUGGGGGGUGGAAUCAAACGGACCGUACUGUACAUUGAAAGGAUGCAAGUCGCUGGUUCUACUCCCAGUUGUGUCGACGGGGUUGGAAAGGUUUCCGUCGUUGCUUGUAUGGGUCACCUUCGUCUUCUUCGGGUUUUCAUCCCUGAAAACAUGUUUUUUUUUUUGCACAGCGUCUUUGUGUGAACCCGUGUUUUUAGUUUCCGUUACGCCGUGUGAGUGCGAGGGGAGAACGUUUGGAUGUGUGCAUGCAUGCGCACACGUUUUAUUUUAUUUUUUUUGCCGUGUUUGGUCCUGACAGGUCACAUUUUCUUGUUGAUAAAACAAAGGAAGAAGAAGAAGAAAAAAAAAAUCCAUAGUCGUUGCCUUGUCACAAAGUUUGUGGCUCCGUAUAAUUUAUUAUAUUUUUCUUAUUUUUGCCAAACUUUCACCAAAUAUGACAUUCUUUUUUUCCUCUCAGUUUCAUUGUGUUUUUCAAAGUAAAAUGCCUUAUUUCUAGCUCUGGUAUCUUUUGUACAGAUGGUCUGUGACAUCUCCCUGUAAGGUGGUGUUUUUGUGUUUUUUGUUUUCGGUUCGUCUCCCGUCUGUCUGUGUGUGCACGGCCUUGGUGAUGGAGAGCCAACAGUAAUGGAAGGUACCUCAGUUUAUUACUCACUACAUUAAUUCCUAAAAGUCAAAUCAGUCGUCCCUAAAAGCACAAACAUUUGCGUAUCAGUGCCUCUAAAGUUGGGUUAAAAAUACUUGCACAUUUCGUCCCAUUUCCAUAGUGAUGCGACAACCUAAUAUGGGAUUAUUAAAUGGUAAAAAGGGGGUGGGGGUGGGUGUCAGUCGAGGAGAUUUUGCACCAACAGAUAAAUUGUUUUCGCACAGAUUGACUUGACUCGUUUGUUUUUGAGUGGGAUUGUGUGGAGUAGUUCUGAGCAAUCAAUAUCUUCACCACAGUGGACAGCAGACAGAACUAGCUUCUCAUGAAGGAGUCGAGGUAACGGCUACUCAGAGGAAACGGACAUUGAUAAAUAUUACUGCCUAGGACAUCCCAGUCUUGUCAACAACAGCAUGCAGUUCCAAUGAAGAGUGAGCACACAUCUGUCAAAAGAAAAACAGUCGUAGCUCUCUUAAUUCUUAUCAGAUUUUUUUUGUAAAUAUGGCCAUGGGGGAAAGGAGGAGCAGAGAGAAGUAGAGGAUAAAAAUAAAACAGCUCUGGUCAGCUGUAAAUUUAUAUUUGUUUGUAAUAACGCAAGUCAGACAUGAUGUUAAGUCAAAACACUAGCAUAGUCUAUCCAGCACAACUAGCUUAAAACAUAUUUAAUGCUAAGAUGUCCAGAAAUUCAUAUUCUGUGUACCCUUAAUAAACUCCACUAAUAAGUGAAA